UUUUUAAAGGUUCGGAGCAAACGAAGGAUGCGAUGUAGGAUCGUAUCGAGGAGAAGUUCUUCACGACGAUGAACAAGGAUGGAUCCUACCGUACCCGGGACCAACUCACUUCCAAAUGGAGCCACAUCAACCGUAAAGUCCGAAAGUUUAUCGGAGUUUACGAGGAAUGCGCCCAGUCCCGGAGGAGCGGGACGAACGACGUCGAUGUUCUCCGGCUUGCCACGGCUCGGUAUCAAGAUGACGGGCACCAAGGUAAGGUGCCCAUCGAUCUUUGGAGGAUUUUGAACCGUUCACCGAAGUGGCAACAACUCAACAAUUCCGACGGCGGAUCGUCAAAGAAAAGAUCCUCCGUCGACGCCGAGGUUGAGGUCGAUGACACUAUCGGUUUGUCCAAACAAAGACCUCCCUUCAAUGUUGCGGAUUCCGAUGACGAGGACCUCAUUCCACGCCCGAUCGGAAGAAAGAAGGCAAAAUCCAUUGCCUCGGGUUCUGGAUGGUCUGGCUUUGUUUCCGUUUCUUCUCGCGACGAAAUCGGUCGAGCAAUGGUUGAAUAACUUCAGAAGAAUCAAUUGUCCCUAUGAGCAAAAUAAUGUAAUUGGCAAGAGCAAUAUAUCAAAGGAGCUGCCUUUUCUUGAUUUAAAAAAAAACCAGUGAGCUAAGACUGAGCUUCUUUAUUCAACUCUGCAGCAAAUUCUUUAGACUUCUCAAUUCCAUUCAGCUUGGGAUAUGUCACCUUGUUUGCAACCAAAUCCUUAUCAACUUCAGCAACUUUAACCCAAAAAAAGCACUUCAAUUCAUUGUUUUUUUCAUUAUCAAGACCUUCUGCUAGAUAAAUUAGUGGUAAAAAAACCAAAUGAACAGUGUGGUUUCCAAAAAAGGUGCAGCGUGGUACUAAGUUUACGAACUAACCAGGUCAUCUUUGAUCUUAUACACCGUGCGUUCUUCUUUUUCAUCAAUUCUGUGGUGCUUCAGAUUGAUGGCCAGUGACAGAAAAAUGUAAAAUCUGAAUCCAAAAUCAAGGGAUGGACAACGUACAGCUGCUUUUGCGGCUCACCUACAGAUGACCCCUUUUGUGGAUCCAAACUAGUACUCUAAGAUAUGGGUAAUUUGAGAGAAUCCCAUAAAAUUGAUCUUCUGAAUAAAGAAAUGGAAAUAUUGUUGGAACUGGGAAGAAAAUAUAGAACUUCAUACACUUAGUUGAAGUCCCAGCUUUCAGCACUCCUGAUCUGUGAACUCUGGAAGUACACGAAGAGUUAAGUUGAGCCUGUCAACCAAUGAGUACGAAAAACAAAGUGAAUGCAAUUUU